AUGCGUGGCCACCUCCGAUCCUUGCUGGGAGGAAGCUUGCGGCUGCAUCUGGAGGGCCGUGCAAGGCAGGCACAGGGAAAGACAAGCUUCUGGAACACCAGUCCCGGUGAUCUUGUCGCCUGCGCUGGUUGUCGAGCAUACAUGGCAGCAUCUCAGCUGAGACACAGUCAUUCCAGGCCCCAUCAGGUCCCUUUCUUGCAGCGUGAGCGGGCCAUGUUGCGGCCGGCUGAGUCGUACACAGCGGCAACGGGUCGAAGCAGGAGCAAGACGAAGGAACCAUUGUAUUUCACGACUACUCCUACGGAUCCCAAGAGGAUCAAAUCUCCACAUCGAAACAACAAGUUUUCGCAUUGGCGAGCUGGUCUGAAAGACUGCGGAAAGCCUGCAGAUUUGCUUCAAAUCUUAUCGGAUGCAUUUGCCGCGCAAGAAGUUGAUGGCAGUGUGAUUAGUGCAGCUAUACAGACUUGUGGUCACCAGUCUUGGUGGGAGACGCUUAUGCAUGUGCACAACAGCGCAGUUGACCAUAAGGUGAAGUUUGAUGCUGUUGAACGCACCAUCUUUAUAAACGCCCUUGCUGCGUGCCUGAAGGGCUCACGGUGUCGCCCGUCGGAGCUAUCCACCCGCAAGGAUCGAGCCUUGAGUUUGAGCAAGCAGGCUUGGAAGCGGAUGCCUUCGCCGUCCUCAGAGCUGGACUUCCAUUGCAUGAUCGGAGCUGCUUGGAGGGUCUGCGCUGAAAUCGGCGACCGGGCACUGCCAUGGGCAGACGAGAUUCUGGAUUGGGGGAAGACGAAAGGCUAUAAGAUCACCGGCCUGCAGUACGGUCCACUUUUGUUGCUUUUGGAGAGUUGCAGGCGUCACGAUCGAGUGGACAAUCUCAUUGACGCGAUCUACAAAAAGCACAGGUUGUCCCUCACCGAGGUGACAUUAGGCGGUCUCAUCAACGCGGUCGGCAGUGACUGGAAACGAGCUGAAAAGCUGUGGGGUCUCUUGGUAAACAAACGGCAUGUGAAGCCGAAUUUGCUGUGCUACACAGCUCGGAGCAAAGUGCAUUUCGUGGCCGGCAGGCCAGCUGCAGCGGAAAAAUACAUCCGGGACAUCGGAGUGGCUGGUAUGCCAAUGGAUGGUCCCCUCACGGUAGCAAUGCACCUUCAACCACUGUUGAUCCUGUACCACUCAGGCCUCGCUGGAGGAGACAAGAUACGGCUACGCAAAUGUUUGGCUGUUGCCGAGAAUGUGGAUACGAACGAAGCCGGCAGACAGCUCGCAUUGAAGCUGAAGCGAUUGGUCAAACUGUCAAAGAAGCUACUAUCAGAUCCGUCGUCUUUAACAUUACCUGACCUGAUUGUCUUCGAUUAUACGCCACGGUGUGUAAUGUACGAUUGGCCUGCGUAUGAAGCUGGCUCCGGGUAUCUACCACAAGAGGAGCGCUGA